GAGGGGCACGCACGCCGUACAACGGAAUGAUUUCGUGACACCGGACCGGAGCGGACGCACGCAAAAAGAGCGGAGUACGCAACGUGAAGUAAACGCGACGCGGGUUGCAACGGUAAUCAUCGAGAAGUCAAUCCGGGGGGCGGGGCAGCGGAAUAAAUUCGUUCCGGCGCGAGAGAGGAGCGGCGUCUUCUACGUCCACGUGCGGCUAUACGGCUCGUCCUCGCGCCGCGGGCCUCGCCGUAUAGGUUAAGGGUUGCAGGCAGGCGCGCACACGAGAUCGGAGGGAAUAAUAGCCGGAAUCGGAGGACAAAGAGGGCAGAGAGAGUGCGUGCUCCAAUAUAUAUCGGAUCCCUCGUUAUCUACACGCGGAACAGCGUAUCCGCGCGAACGGACAAGUCGAGUGACCGAGGACGGAGCCAACGGCGGUGGAGCGAAAGAGUUGAGGCUGUCAGGUCGCUUCGUGACGAGGGAGAGAAGAGACGUUGGCAUUUUUUUUCGUCGCGAGAGGAAAGGGUGAAUUUUGACGCGCGGAAGGGCACCGCGAAGGUCUCCGAUCGACGUCGCCCACCGCCCGGUGGACGCGCGCGCGCGCGCGCGCGCGAAAAGGCGGAUAGAGAUAAUCGCCGCCGUUAAUUAUGACGACCAUAGACUCGGACGAUGAUAUCGAGAAGCUGCCGCAUAUACAAUGGGACAACACGGCGGCUACCGGGCCAGCUGAUUGUAUGUUCCCCGGCGAACUGACACCGUUGAAAUGCCAAAUAGCCGGUCAUCCCUUCAACGGCGAAAGGCAGACUAUCGGCAUGCUGAUUUGCAGACGGACUGGCUGCAUAUUGAAACCGGCGACUAAAGUGAUCCUUGGGGAAAGAGAAAUUGCAUUCUACGAGAACUUGAAGAAUUCUCAUGAUCCCGUUGCAAUGGAAUUAAAAAAAUUCGUUCCACGUUAUUAUGGCACAACAGAACUGCGUGUCUUUAAUAACCGUACGAAAUUCCUCAUGCUUAGGAAUAUUACAAAGGGCAUGGCCGAGCCAUGUGUGAUAGAUAUCAAGAUCGGUUUUCGUACGUGGGACCCUUUGGCCACGCCAGAGAAGAGGAAAACGGAAGAACUCAAGUAUGCCGAAUCGAAGCGUACUUACGGUUUUUGUAUAACAGGUUAUCAAGUAUAUUCUGUCUUAUCUGGACGAUUAAGGAAAUAUGACAGAGAUUAUGGCAAGCAACUCGGUGUCAGUGGCGUCGCGGAAGCACUGGAAGAUUUCUUGAACAUAAUACCUGGAAAGCCAGUCUGCAAGCAGUUGGUCUCCGAAAUCUUGACGUACCUGUACAAAAUCGAGCAGCUCUUCAACAUGCAGCAGAAAUACUGCUUCUAUUCCAGCUCACUUCUGGUCGCCUACGACGCCCAACACCUACGGCAGCAUUGUCCGUUGAAAGAUGGUAGUUCGGUCUCAGCGCCGAAAUUCGACAAAGAAACGAUACGCGAGACAGUUCCCCCCGUAACAGUACCUGAAGUGCACCAGUAUUCAUCCGAAACGAACGAUUCGACGUUUAGUUCGAGAAUGAAGAAGAGCGAAAGCGAGCCUGCGCCGUGCGAGCAGAUACCUAAUCAGAGCGGAUCUUGCAAUUCAAAUGCCAAUACGGACCGGUUGCGUAGGACGAGCCCGAGCCAAUUCUCACUCUCGUGCGCAAACGAUGGUACGGGGGUGGACGACGAAGACACGGAGAACACGUGGGUGAGAGUGAAGAUGAUCGACUUCACGCACGUCUUCCCGGGGGAGAAUAACGAUCUGGAUCGAAACUACCGGGAUGGCAUCCACAUGCUGAUUCGACUCUUAAAUCUGAUAAAGAAGAGCGAUUGCGUACAUUAGAUACUCCUUAUUGAAGAAUGUAUUACUUGUGACGAUGUUCCCGGAAGUGAACGGAGACGAUUAGAGAAGAUAUAAUUCAAGACAAGGCGACACAGAUGUGGCGAUGUGUCAUCCACGUUUAUCGGACCCCAGAUAUCGGGACGACACAUCGGAUGAGCAUGAUAAAUCGAUAAAGCGACAAGAUCUCUGAUCAGCAAUCGUCAGAGAGGACACACUGCUCAUCGUAGAAAGCUAUCGCGAUUAGCUCUUUGGAGAAAAGGAAAUACUGAUAGAAAUGUAAAAGAAACAUUUCGUAUUGGCCGGAAAACUGCAAUUGGAAAAUUUUAACGGAUUUUCUCUCAAAAUCCGUCUGAAUUUCAGGGUAGUAAUUACUCAAUAUACAGUGCAGUACCGUGAGCCAGAACUCUUCCGCGUGAUGAUUUAAAAGAUACAAUGAGAGAAGCAGCCUAAUCGGCCGAUUAAUUCUGAAACGGAUUCCAAAAAAAAAAUGUCUUCUCUAGGAUAAAGUAAUUAAGACUUUUAUACUUUGCCAAAAGGAUUGUAAUGCGAUGUACAGAAUAUCUAAGAAUUUCGUACAUUCGACCCAUCGCGGUUGCUGUGUAGAAGAUUUUACAAAUUUAGAACUGGGCACAACAAGGGAAACAAGGGGGACGCCUCAUUCUAAAUGUCCGGCCACCGUUCGAGUGGUGGACUUUCAUAUUACGAGACGACAAUAAAGUCGCACUUUGUAAAACACACACACACACACACACACACACACGCAUGCCAGUACUGCGCGAGAAGUUCUUUAAUGAUACCAUUAUUAAUUCUGCCAUGUUACAUAUAUUUAUGUUACACGCAUUACGUGAUAAAAAGUGCAGAUUGUAAUUGUAACAGCAGCAAUAAAACAUUUACGAUGUAAAGCGGGA